UGGAGGGAGGGAUGUCUGUUAGCUGAAAUUGUACAAAAAGCUUUGUUUUGGCUGUGUGGCAAUAUAACAUAUAUAUGGCAUCUGUGUGUAUGUUGUCACUACAAUUGUACACACCACUCGCUACUACAUAGGUAUAAAAUCGCAGCAUUAAAAGAUAGUUAUAUGCUCAUAGCCUAAAGCUUCAAAUGGGUGUUGCCGUUCGAGUGUAGCGAGUCAGAUGUGGUAGGUGGGUCUUCAUAUGGAUACAGUAACUGAAACUUACUGUUGGAUAUAUAUUAUAUCAACAUACAUUGGUUUAAAUACAAAAAACGGAAGCGUAAAAGAAGUGUGUCUCCAGCCUGGAAGGUGUCGCGGCCGGAUACGUUUUGCCCUAUAUUAUUUUGGGGUUGGAUCGUGAGCUGCAUUUGGCACCGCCCUUCCUGGCAGGAGGGACCUUAGGCAGAGAGAGGAAUCUGAUUAUAGCGGCCGGAGGAGCUACGCCACAGCCCAGCAGCAGCCAUUCGUGGAAAAAUAGGCCGUCCUUCUGUGAGCUUCAGACUGCCUCUGAUUCCACAUCGUCCGGCCUUUUUUCGUGAACUAGCUACUCCUCUCCGUUUUUAUUAAUGCGAGAUGAGUGAAAACAUUGCAUUUUUUGCAGAUCAAAAGAAGGAAGCGAUGGCGACAGAGGGAGGAAAAUCAUCUGGUGGUGGUGAUUAUGGUAAUAAAGGCAAAACUUCUGGAUCACAGGAUGCGCAGCCAUCUCCUCUGGCCCUGCUCGCAGCCACAUGUAGCAAAAUCGGCGGAACUCCAGGCGAGAGUCCGGCUGGCGGACAGCAACAGAUCCUUCUCGACCAGAGCCAGGGGUUCCUGCAGCUUCAGAACCAACCCCAGCAACUUGAGCUGGUCACGACGCAGCUGACAGGGAACGGAUGGCAGAUAGUUUCUGCGUCGCCGAACUCAUCUAAAGACAGUACCGCUGGAGUUACAGUUACAGGCACCACAACUAACACCAAUGACAACACCUCGACGAGGAAAUUUAAAGCCCUCGGUUCAAACAAUGCGCCUGUCGGACAACAACAGCUUCAAGUCAUUCAGGUGCAGAACGUGCAAAAUGCGACGGGCAGCAUUCAGUAUCAGGUGGUACCUCAAAUUCAGACUGUGGACGGUCAGCAAAUUCAGAUCAGUCCAGCAAACCCUUCUGCUCUCAAUGUACAAUCGGAACAGAUUCAACUAAUUCCUGCCGGGAAUAACCAGGCAAUCCUCGCGACCCCGAACAGGGCUGGUUCGGCAAACAUUGUCACGCAGAAUGUGGGGAACCAGGCGAUCCCUCUUCAAAUUAGACCGGGAAUGUCCUUCCCUGUGCAACUACAGGCAAUCUCGGGCGCUCAGACUCAAGUGGUGACCACGUUGCCCGUUAACAUAGGCGGAGUUACUCUGGCUUUGCCUGUGAUCAACAACGUGGCCGCGGGAGGAGGGUCAGUUCAGCUGGUUCAGCCCACUGACGGCGGAGUUUCCAACGGCAACCAGCUUGUGUCCACGCCCAUCUCCACUGCUGGCAGCACUGUGGUGGAAUCCCCGGUCACUUCCACCUGUGCUGUGACCACUGUUAACGAUUCACUGGUAGUGACCUCGCCAGAAGGCGGGCAGUUCAGUACUGCCCCUUCCACUUCUGAUAGCGCAGCGGAGCCAGAGUCGCAGAGCGUCCUUUCCUCGGAUUGCGAAUCUCAGAGUUCCAGUCAAGUUCAGACAAACGGAGUGCAGUCUGUACAGGAGCAACAGGGUCAGAUCCAGCACGUGCAGAUUGUGGGGCAGCCUGUUCUGCAGCAGAUCCAAAUUCACCCGGCCCAGCAGCAGCUGAUACAGGGGCUUCCUCAGCAGGCAAUACAGCUCCAACCAGGACAGACUGUACAGGCGCUACAACCACAGUCCCUUCAGAACGUGCAGCUACAGGCGGUCCAAAGCCCGACUCAAGUUUUCAUUCGCGCGCCCACGCUUACUCCUUCAGGCCAGAUCAGCUGGCAGACAGUGCAAGUCCAAAACAUUCAAGGCCUUCCGAACCUGCAGGUUCAAAAUGCCGGAGUGCCGCAGCAGCUCACUUUGACUCCUGUAACCUCAAACGCCAGCGGUGCUACGUUCGCCCAAAUUGCUCCUAUUACGCUGGGCGGGACUCCCAUCACGCUCAACGCAGCGCAGUUCACCUCGGUGCCAAACAUUCAGACUGUCAACAUUGCUAACCUCGGUGCUGCGGGAGUUCAAUUUCAGGGAGUCCCUCUUACUAUCACGGGGGUGCAAGGCCAGCAGCAGGGCCAGGAUGCAGUUAAGAUGCAGCCCACGCCAGUGACUGUUGCCAUGGGCAACAUUGCAAAUGCAGCCCUGAGUGGCGUGAGCCCUGAGCAGAUGGCCCAGGUCCAGAUGCAGCAGAACCAAACCACUUCAGAUCAGGAAGGGCAGCCCAGCAAGAGGCUUCGGCGGGUCGCCUGCUCGUGCCCGAACUGCCGGGAUGGGGAAGGCAGGAACAACAGCGAGCCAGGGAAAAAGAAACAGCACAUCUGUCACAUUGAGGGCUGCGGGAAGGUUUAUGGGAAGACAUCACACCUGCGGGCACACCUGCGCUGGCAUACGGGCGAACGACCCUUUGUGUGCAACUGGAUCUUCUGUGGCAAGCGGUUCACCAGGAGCGACGAGCUGCAGCGACAUCGCCGGACACAUACAGGUGAGAAGAGGUUUGAAUGUCCAGAAUGCUCUAAGAGGUUUAUGAGGAGCGACCACCUCUCCAAGCACAUUAAAACACACCAGAACAAAAAAGGUGGUGCAGCCCUGACCAUAGUCACCACGGAAGACAUGGAGGCCACUGUAAACGAGGUUCUAGGGUCACCAAGGAUUGUUACUGUGGCAUCCCUCUCCCAAGAUUCCAACCCAGCCACGCCUGCCACUUCCAAUAACAUGGAGGAGUUCUGAGAUACCACCCCCAGCCCACCCCAGGGUACUAAUUGACAUUUUGCACUUAAUGGUUGCAUACCUUUCUUGAUAUAAAAUGGACUGAACAAACAGACAUACCUGCACAUCAGAAUUAUUAUUUUGUAUGAACAGUCAAGGGUUAUGAAAUUUACUGUGCUUGAAAAAGAGCUAUUUAUUAAAUCACAAAAGAUGUCUAUUCUUAGUCUAAUAAGCACAAAGAGAAGGUUUAAGGAUAAAGAGUAAUGCUACUAGAAACAGUAAUUAUGGAAAAAACAGUAAAUCUAUUUCUAUGCACAGAAUGUAUUUCUACUUUUGAUUUCUGUUAAAAAAGAUUUCAGUUUUAUGUCUAUGGGACAAAUAGUGCAGUAAAUCUGACCAUAGUUCACGUUGAAUGGUUCAGGUAUAGAAGGGCAGUGAAACAGUUUAACAUACCUGAAGGACAGAUUAAAGUUAUACAUAACUACAGACAAGCUAGAUUUUACUAUUCAGUCUAAGCCAUGGGAAUUAGUGUGAUAAAUAUUGAUGUCCUAUGUGAAUGAAAUCUGAUUUUACUCUCUUCUAAAAGAAUGAAAAUGUAUCUAAACACUCAGGCCUAUUUUCAGUUUAACCACAGUGCACUUUGUCAUUAACCUUGAGCAGUAACAUUGAACAAUUGCUACCUUUUUCAUUACUAAUACAGAAUCAUGUUCUGAAUGGUCAAUGAAAUUUCUGAAAAUUAAUAUAAUGAAAACAUAUGCAGAACAUUGUUAUUUAAAUUUUAUAGAGAAAGCACAUUGUGGUUUAAUUGAAUUUAUGGUUUUGUCCUUCAGAGAAAUUAUGAGUAUGCAGCUCUAAAAGAAUGCAAAAUAUAUUUGAUUUGAAUCUCUUUUUAUUGAGGUGGUUAAGUAAUUAUUUUUUUCCUAUUUAUUUGAGGAAAUGUUCACAUUUAAAACAAGAAGCACAUAUUAAACUGAAUUUACUAACAAUGCGCUUACAUUUCCAGAAUCACUGAUGUCUGAAUGAUUUUAAAAAUAGCUUUCUACUACUUGAUACAUUUAGAGAAAGUGAUACUAUUAAAGACAAUCUUCUUGGAAUCAUGUUUACAUUAUUACAUUUUGUUAUUGUUAUAUAAAAACAUGCUCUCUUUUUGUCUUAAAGAGCUAAGUAAAAUAUAUGUAUAUGUCUAUGGAUACAUAUGAAAAUAUGAAUACAUGCAUACACAUAUAUGUGUACAUUUUAGUUACAUCCUUGUUGAGCUACUCAAUGACUUGGUGUAUACUACAAUGCCUUAAUAUAUUCUGCAAAAACAGGUUCAAUCACGGCUCCCCAACUUGCAGAAGGGGCCUUCUUAUAGCUAAUUCUUGUGAGGUAGCUUUCCAAGUCCACUACUGUGUCUUCUAAGAGAUGUUGUAUAGUGCCCAAUUCUUAAAGAAACUGCAGCUAAACCACAUCCUUGGAUGCCCAAGGGCACAGGAGUGCAAUAAUGUACUGUACAUUGGAGUAAACUUUUUAAAAGUUUUUUUUCCCCUUCCUUUCAUUUUUUCCUGUUCCAAUUUUAAUGCCAUGUGUCUUGCUUUGUUGUAGAGUGGUUCAUUUAGUAAUUUUGAUGUUAUGAAAUAUUGUCCUAGUGUUGUUCUAGGUGUUGGGUAUCUUUUUCAGUUUCAUUUAUAUUCUGGCAGCGGUAAAUGCCUGUAUAUUUGCUCAUUUAUUUAUUUACUUAUUUUAAGGUUUACAUUUGCAAAUUGAAGAGGCUAUAGUGUGUAGUAGGCUAUGAAUUCAGGAGGUCAUGUGCAGCAUGUUUCCUUUCUGCUUAUUGUAAUGAUUUGUAUUAUUUUAAACAUUGUGGUCUUUUUAUAUGUGUCACAGCAUCUCAAUUUGUCAAAGUUUUUCAGUACCAAUGUUGUUUUAAAGUAAGAAUAAUUGAUACCAAACAAUUGAAAAAAGUUUUUGGGUAACAUUUUGUGUGACAAAUGAUUUUGUUUAAUAUUUUCUAGUGGCAUCUCAUUUGUAAAUCUUUUUUAUAAAACAUUUAUUUGUGUCCCCAUGAUGUUUAAUAAUGUAUUUUUGCCAGGCAUGCCUCAAAGGCUGCAGUCUAUUGACAUUUUUAAACCAAUAAAUUUGUACAAAUGUGUUUUGUGAAUUAAAAAAAUUAAAAGGUUGUCUGCAUAACACAAAGUGACAAGGUAAAUAAAUAUGUAAUUCUCUUGUA